GACACCUCUGGGAGUAAAUGAAGGGUUGUGAUUGUGUUCUUUCUCUGUAAGACAUAACUUAAACCACUGAGCUUUUCCAUUGACAUCCAGCGCACUGAAGCAGCAUCACGAUGAUGAUCAUCUCGCAUUUGGUGGCUUGUGGACUUAUUCUGACUCUUCUAUCAGUCAGCACGGAGACAAAACCACUAACGCAGGCAGAACAGACGUCCCUGCGGAUGCUGUUGGGAGAGGAGCUGUCGGAGUUCCUGGCGUCCGAUGAGAGUCAGAGGAGGAUGUUGGAGAACAGAGUACGUCUGCUGCGGGACCUCCGCAUGGACACUCGGGCCAAGGGCCCGUGGCCUCGGAUCAUGAACGAGCAGCCCGGAUCACGCAGACCCAAAACUGGAUCUAAGAAGGGAGGAACAACGGCCAGAAGCGGAUGCUUCGGACUCAAGAUGGAUAGGAUAGGGACCGUGAGCGGAAUGGGCUGUCAACCGUCUCAUUACCCGUCUGCAAAUAAUCUCUCAUGAACGAAUCACGAACGUCAUCGAUUUGGGACAGAACGGACUUAGUUGCUCCUCCUCGGAGGAAAAACCUACAGAACCGGACUAAUGGUACGAAGCCACUACGAGAAGCAUUUGUGGGGACAAUGAAACGUACAACUGAAAUCCAAUAAUUCGAUCAAACAUAUGUACAAAAUAAAAAAAAGAAAACCACACACACAUGGCAGACGAUGUGGAUAAAAGCUGUAUAUUGUUGCUGCUGCUGCUGUACAUUCAUGUAUUUCAUUCUCGCAUAAAUGUAUUUAUGUUUUAAAAACUAUUUAUAUGUUUAUAAAAGAGAUAUUUAUAAAUAUGAGUUUUAUUUAUGUAACAUUUUGAAAUGAAUGCAAACUGCAGGUCAAUUCUGUUUGUAACUAUUUUGUCUCUAAUAGUUGUAAAUGUUUUAAAAAUCAUUAAAAAA